AGUUUGGGUACUCAGGUAUAUCAAACAGGGUUUAAGUUUCAUUUCACUUCCUGAAGUUUACUGCACAGCUCCACCUUUUGUUUUGCGUAUGUGUCCAUACUACGUAUUACGGUAAGGGAAACCGAGAACCGAUUUCAAAAUAAACGCGAUCUUCAAUGGAACGUGAUUUCAACAUUACCCUACAAUUUUAGUCUGACAUUAAUGGUAUAAUAAAUAAUGGAAUAAAAAAAACAUACCGAAAUAGAAAUGAAAAAUAACUUUUAAAUGACAAAAAUAGUCAAAUAUGGCAAACCCACAUACGUAAACUCGCUUAACCAAAUUAGAAAAUUAAGACUUCAAGAUAUGUACAGGUGACUUGAGAGGGAAAAAAUGGUCUGUAUAAAGUGAUGUCAAAAAGCUGAUAUCCAAAAUCAGAGUCACUUACUUAUCCUAUACUUUCUGUGUAACGGUGUCAAAAUUACUCUGUGGAAACUGAAUUUACUUGCAAUGGCUGUACGCUUGUUUUGAAAUUUUAAUUUCUAAAUGUGGUUAAGUUUUUAAGUUUGUCAUACUUGAAUAUUUCUGCCAUUGGCAAUUUUUAAUUUGUAUUUAAUGUUUAUUUCUGUAUUGAUAUUUAUCUCAUGGUAUAUUAUAUCAUUAAUGACGGACUCACGUUGGUUAAUGUUAAAAUUACAUUCACAACAAGAUCGCUUUUAUUUUGAAUUUAGGUCUAAGUUUCUCGUACCGUAAUAUGUAGCAGAUACACGUAAUGCAAAAUACGGUAGGUCCUGGCUUGACUGCGUGUCUCAAAGUGGUACAAAGUCCGUUUAUUCGCUCCCCUUCUACUCAUCAGCCAGUUAAAAUAUGGAUCUAAACACCAUGUGAUCAAAUGCAAGCGCUGAAAAGACCAUACACCACAGAUUAGUGUGUAAGGAGGCAAUGAAUGCAGCUUUUCUCUGGUAGCUGAAAGUGAAACUUAAUUUGACUGGAGAAAAUGGCGCAGCAACUGAUUCAGCUGGAUCAAGAAAAACUGAGCUGUUCCAUUUGUCUGGACCUCCUUAAGGAUCCAGUCACUAUUCCCUGUGGGCACAGCUACUGCAUGGACUGUAUCAAAAACUGCUGGGAUGAGAAGGAAACACACAGCUGCCCUCAGUGCAGACAGACUUUCACACCGAGACCUGUCCUGGUGAAGAACAUGAUUUUAGGUGAGUUAGUGGAGGACUUAAAGAAAGCAGAACAUUCAACAGCUUCAUCUGAUCAUGCCUAUGCUGGACCUGGAGAUGUAGCCUGUGAUUUCUGUUCUGAGAGGAAGCUGAAAGCCUCCAAGUCCUGCCUGAUGUGUAUGGCCUCUUACUGUGAGCAUCACCUUCAACCUCACUACAACAUAGCUCCAUUAAAGAAACACAAACUUAUCAAAGCUACUUCAAAGCUUCAGGAGAACAUCUGCCCUCACCAUGAUGAGGUGAUGAAGAUCUUCUGCCGCACUGAUCAGCAGUGUAUCUGUUAUCUCUGCUUAAUGGAUGAACACAAAGACCAUGACACAGUGUCGGCUGCAGCAGAAAGAGCUGAGAAGCAGAAAGAGCUUGAAACAAAUCGGCAAAAUGUCCAACAGAGAAUCCAGAAUAGAGAGAAAGAUGUGAAGGUGCUCCAAGAGCAAGUUGAGGCAAUCAAUCUUUCUGCUGAUAAAGCUUUCAGAGAAUGUGAUAAGGCUUUCAAAAAUUUGAUCAGUCUCAUUGAGAAAAAAAGCUCUGAGGUGAAGCAGAAGAUCAGAUCCAAACAAAAUGCUGAACAGAACAGAGUCAAAGAGCUUCAGGAGAAAAUAGAGCAGGAGAUCAGAGAUCUGAGGAGGAGAGACACUGAACUGCAGCAGCUCUCACUGACUGAGGAUCACCUCCAUUUUCUAAAUAACUACUCGUCACUGUCACAUCUGCGUGCAUCUACAAACGUACCCACCUACAACAAGCUUACUCUGCAGUACUUUGAGGAUGUGACUGCAGCUGUGUCACAGGCCAGAGAUAAAGUGAAGGCUCUUCUCAGUGAUGAAUGGCCCCAAACUUCAUUCUCAAUGACUAAAGCAGAUGUUUUACUGCCUCAAGGAGAACCCAAAACCAGAGGCGAAUUUUUGAAAUAUUUUUGUCAAAUCACACUGGAUGUAGAUACAGCGUACACACAUUUAUCAUUGAGUGACAGCAACAGAAAAGUAACACUGAUGAGUAGAAACCAGUCAUAUCCAAGUCAUCCAGACAGAUUCUUUGAAAGGUGGCAGGUCCUGAGCAGAGAGGGUCUGACUGGACGUUGUUACUGGGAGGUGAAGUGCAACGGGACUGUUGGAGUAGCUGUUGCAUACAAGGAUAUCGGCCGUAGAGGGACCAGAGAGGAAUGUGGAUUUGGAUGGAAUGACAAAUCCUGGUCAUUAAGAUGUUCAAACAAUGGUUAUGAAUUUAAACACAACAACAUUUCCACUUCCAUCUCACGCCCUCUGUCCUCCAGAAUAGGAGUAUAUUUGGAUCACAGUGCAGGAACUCUUUCUUUCUACAGCAUCACUGAGACCAUGAAUCUCCUCCACAGAGUCCUGACAAGGUUCACUCAGCCUCUCCAUGCUGGAUUUUGGCUUCCACAAAGUGCUGGAGACACUGCUGAGCUGUUAGAAUUUUUCAAUACUUAAAUUACUGGAGUAUGUAUGUAAAUAUUGUACAUUACUUUCAAACUCAUAACUAAAACAUUCAUCAAAGUUAUAUGUUUCAGAAAUGCUCAAUUUAUACAGUGUGUUGAGAAAUAAUGAUAAAAACUGUGUUGUCACUGGGUUAACCGCGGGAAGCAAAAAGAAAAAUGCAAAAAGAUAACACAAUAUGUCUAUGAUGAUAUGUAUGUUUGGAUAAUUUUGUUUGAUGUACUUUUAUUUUUACAAGAAAAUAAGAUUUUAUAUAGGAUACCUUUUUUUUAAUUUACAACAAAGCAAAAAAAAAAAAAAAAAAGCAAAGUAUUGGAGUUUUCACCCACAUGAGAUGCGCUGCCAUACAGUCCUCCAAGAUCCUGGCUCCUGGAACUUAGUUCACUUUUAUUUAUAUAACGGCAAACUACAACAGCUGCCUCAAGAUUCUUUUUAUUCUAAGGCAAGACCCUACUUUAAAAUCGAGAGAACUGAGAAAACCCCAACAAUCAGAAGACCCCCUUUGAGCGAGCACUUUGGCGACAGUAGGAAAGAAAAACUUCCUUUUAACAGGAAGAAUUCUCCAGCAGAAGGGCUUGUGUACACAUGAAGCCUGAAGAAAUUCAUCUUUCUUUUCUAACCACAUGGAGAGCUGUAAGGUUUCAUUCGGCUUCGUCUGGCCAUCAUUCCAUGAGAAGAUCUGCUUUGGAUUAGCUGCAGUUUCACAAUCUUUGCCUGCCUGCAGGGAGUUACUGAUAAUAGAUACAACAACAUGAAAGUAUGACUCAGUCCUGCCUUUUAUCAAUGGUUCAGAUUGCCGAUGAUGUAACGCUGUGGUGAUUAUGUUCUUCACACACUUUGGGCCCUGUAAUACCAACUGAGCAUUAUUUAUACCCCUUAACAUACCUAAGCAGGCAACUCUCCAUAUUGUCAAUAUGGAGCAAAAUGGAGCAGAAUUCUUAACAAAUAUAUCAGUUUUCCAUCUGGUAUAUCAUACAGACAUAUGGCUAGUAUAGAGUAAUGGAUCUAAAUGAUCAUCAUUUCCCAAAAGCUGUUAAAUUUGUUUUUUGAAAAUCAUUCCAGAAAUGAAGUAA